GAAGCCAACCCGAGGGUCGAACUCGGAAUCCAUAAACUUCACUUGUCAACUAGGUUACCUCGAACUCGAUCUCGACUUUGAGAUAGAGGACUACUCGAAGACAACGGCAUAUUGAAGCGAUCCGAUGAGCUUGAACGGGAAACCUAAACAGACUCCUGGAGGUGGUGGUGGUGGUGGUCCGGGCGGUGGUAUCGGUGGGCAGAGGCGAGGAUCAUGGAGCGGAAUGGUCAGGCUCGGGUCUUCUCCCAACACUCAUCAAGGACUAAGGACAGACUCCGACAUCUCACGAGGAGCCGCUGGGAACAACAACCCGGGCAGAAUGAGGGAUCUGCAACCUUGGGGUUCCAACGCUGCGCCUCACCAUCAGCACCAACAGCCGCAUGGACACCAGCAGCAACAGCAACCAGGCGGAGGGCCGGGCAUGUCGAUGGGAUCUCCUUCUGGACCAGGAGGAUCAGCUUUCCCCGCUCUCGGAAGUCAACCGCCUGCCUCGGCCGGACGAAAGGGUGCUGCGCCUAGCCCUUCGCCUUCGACCCAGACUCCGUUGGCAGGACUGAUCAACGCCAUGUCGAACAACAACAUCAAUAACAACUCGCCCACCUCGGCCUCGCCCAGCCCGGCUCAGACCAAAUCUCAAAAGGACGCCGAGACCUUUGGAGAUCUCGCGUCCGAGUACAACAACGGCUCUAUCGGUCAAUGGGAUCAAUUCGCGACCAACGCCAAGUUGUUCGGGACCAAGACGGAUUACGACGAAGGGCUGUACACCACGACGAUCAAGAAGGGUUCAGGGAGGGAGUGGGAGGAAAAGCUCUUGACAGCCGAGAGGUUGGAAAAGGAGAUUUUGGGGGGCAAGACGGACAACACGCAUGUCGCCGAGGAGAGGGGACAGGUGGUCGCCAACGGAAAUGGCGAGGAGAUGGACGAGGAGGACAAGUACUCGGGGGUCAAGAGAAAGACGGCCUAUGUACCUCCGGCUCUUCGUCGAUUGGCUUCGGGUACUCCUUCCGACGCACUAGCCGCCGCUACUCCUUCUCCUACCGCUCAGCCUGAAAAGAAGGACAACAAGGAUGUUCAGACGCAAGCUCAGGGUGCGGCACCGGCUACGACUGCUUCCACUGCUACCCCGGAAAAGCCUGCUACGAAGACGGCUCGAGGUGGCAAGGUAGUCAGCACCGAGACGAAACAGGAGGCGACCCCGGAUGCGGCUUCUUCGGUUCCCGUCUUGAACGUGACCUCGGCUGAUGGGGAGACUCCCAAGAAGGAGGGCAGGACGCCGGAAAAGCUCAGGACGGGAGCCGCACGUGGAUCCCAGGCGAUCAAGGGAGAUAUCCAAGGGUUCGUCGAGCACGAGAAGGAAAAGCUGCAGAAACAGCGCGAGACCAUGGCGAAAGCGGAACGCGAGAGAAAGCUGGCCGACUUGAAAAAGUUUGGAGCGACCUUCAAGAUUCCUGGGGCCAAGCCGGCCGACCUGCCUGUGGGAGGCUCGCAAAAGACCUCUCCCAACGUUAGCUCGGCCAAGCCGGUCGGUGGCGCUCCCUCUGUCCAACCCACGCCUAAACCUAUGGCCGCUCAACCCGUUGCCGCCGCUCCUAAGCCCAAGAUCAAGAUGGUCAUCCCGGAGAUCCCCCCGUUCCACCGAGCUGCCCAACCGAAACCCGAAGCGAUCGCCAUUGAGCCGACCGCUGAUGUCACAAUUCCUCAAGUCAAGGUGGACGAGAGCAAUGCUUCGAUCGGAGACAAGAGCGCCGAUGUGUCUGCCGCCGUCUCGCCUGCCGGAACAAUUCCUAAACUUAAUCCGGGCGCUUCGACCUUUGUCUUCAAACCGAACCCCAAGGCGGUCGAUUUCAAGCCCAGCGGAGCCCCGGUCGACGCCAAGAGCCCUCCUGCAGCGCCCGCCAUGGAAAUCCCACCUCUCGCCUCAGCCUCAGCUGCCGCUGUCGUACCUGCUCGAAACCCCUUCUUUGGUUUGCAAGUCCCCAAGCGUAAUGGUAUGGUCAACCUCCGCGAAGACUUUAACCCGUUCAAGGGCAAGGUUGUGGAAGCUAGAAACAUCCCUGUCAACUGGCCGUUUGCGGGCAAGAAGUUCUUAGCCGCUCUGCAUCCUACUGGCGCAUACAUGACCGCACCGCCGUUGGGAAUGGAAGAAGACCCCAUGCAUGGCCAGGGACAUCUGGGAGGACCCAUCAUGAACCAAUUUGCUAUGGGUCCGAACGGUCCUUUCCCACCGUAUCGAGUGCAGCAUCAGGGUGGGUUCCCGGUACCUGGUAGUCCUGGUCAGCCUGGAAUGGUUAACGGUCACUUUGCACCGCCAUACGGUCCGGGAGGUGGAUUCUACGUGCCGCAAGGUGGACCUGUAAUGGGAGGCCCCGGCACGCCAAAUGGCUUCCCUCAGGGUUUGCCACCAUUUGCUAACAAUCCCGGCAACCAGUCGCCUAUGAUGGUUGCAAAUGCGAUGUUACGGCCAGCCGGCAACCCAGUAUAUUACGUUCAACCGCCAGGCAUGUCGCAUCUCAGUCAUCUCGAACCAUCCGGGUGGGCCGCCUAAUCAAGGGGGACCUGGUCCCGGACCGGGCCCUAAUCCUUGAAGGCGAACAUGCAGGAACUAGGGUUGUGUGCGAGCAAAGGCAAAAAGGGACGUCAAUGCGACAAAGGGGACAUUCUUGUUGCGAGAUGAAGCAUGAUCAUCGAUAUAAGAUUGAUCGAAUUCGCGAUAAACUUGCCGCCGGUAG